AUGGCCAUCCUAACCGCCCGCAGGUUUCAACGCCUAGCUCUGUUGACGGUGGUCGCUCUUGUUUUCUAUAUACUCCUCGACCAAGCAGACUAUGUUGCCAUUCCUAUGGUGCCAAAAACGGGGCAAUAUGUCCAAAGCACUUACGACUGGGCAAGACGCCGGAUGAAAUACCCGUUUGAUGAGUCCAAACUCACCAAGCUGCCAGAGGGGAUCCCACAAGAGCUUCCCCGCAUCCAGUAUGACUUCUCCCAGGAUGAAACCAGCGAGUCUCACAUCAAGACUCAAAAGGAACGACAGGAGGCUGUGAAGCAGGCCGCAAAGAAGUCAUGGAACGCCUAUCGAAAAUACGCCUGGGGCCGGGAUGAGCUCCUCCCUGAGAAGCUCACUGGAAAAGACACCUUUGCUGGAUGGGGUGCUACGCUGGUGGACUCGUUGGACACGCUGUGGAUCAUGGGAUUGAAGGACGAAUACAAGGAGGCGGUCCAAAAGACCGCUACCAUCAACUGGGACAAGACGACCUCUUCACAUUGCUCGCUUUUCGAAACGACGAUCCGGUAUCUGGGUGGUCUCCUCUCAGCAUACGAUCUCAAUGGCGACCAGGUCCUCCUCGACAAGGCCGUUGAGCUGGGCGAUAUGCUCUACGCCGGCUUCGACACCCCCAACCACAUGCCAGCAAACAGCUUCAACUUUCGUGAGGCGAAGGCGGGAAGUCUCAGACCCAGCAUGGGCGAGUCUUCUGCUGCAGCCGGAACCCUGUCUCUCGAAUUUACUCGGCUUGCCCAGCUGACUGGGGAUCCCAAGUAUUUCAACGCCAUUUCUGGGGUGACGCGCGCCCUUGAGAAGACGCAGGACGACACAAAUCUCCCGGGAAUGUGGCCAGUGUUUAUUGACGUCUCUCGCAACGAGCCCGAGAACCCUAUCAGUGCGAAGGGUAGCUCUUUUAGCCUGGGCGCUUCUGCCGACUCGGCCUACGAGUACUUUUCCAAGAUGUACGUCCUUCUCGGUGGCCUCGAUCCAACGUACAAGAAACUUCACAUGAAGUCCAUGGCCACCGCUCGCAACCACCUCCUUUUCCGGCCCAUGCUCCCGGAUUUGUACCCUGCCACACCGCCUGAUGUGCUGUUGUCGGGUAAUGUCUAUGCUAAUGGUCAAGACAUUAUCGACCUCCAGCCUCAGGUGCAGCACUUGGGGUGCUUUGCGGGUGGAAUGUUUGCCUUGGGUGGGAAGCUCUUCCAUGAACCCGCCCACGUCAAGAUUGGCGAGCAGCUCGCUCGUGGGUGUGCCUGGGCGUAUGAAGCGUUUCCUUCUGGGAUCAUGCCUGAGGUUUCAGAGAUCAUUCCCUGCCCUGCUCCCUCUUCUGCGCCUUCAUCAAAGGACGAAGAAGAGGAGGAGUUUCCCCGGUGCAAGUGGGAUGAUGCAACCUAUAAAGACGCCAACACCGCCCCUGGCCGGUAUCCCAAGCCUUUCAGGGCUGUCCAGGACCCUUCGUAUCUCCUCCGGCCUGAAGCGAUCGAGUCUAUCUUUAUUGCUUACCGCAUCACUGGCAAGAAGGACUUGCUCGAUAUCGCCUGGCGCAUGUUCACGGCUGUUCAAAAAGCGACCGAAACAAACGAGGCGUACACGGCUAUUUCAGACGUCAAUGUUGCCCCGGGUGAAGAGCAGGCGGAUGCUCAUGGCCGGGGUGGGACGAGGUCAAGAACCAAGAACUCGAUGGAGAGCUUUUGGAUUGCCGAGACGCUGAAGUACUAUUAUCUUAUCUUCUCUGAGCCGGACCUCAUCAGUUUGGAUGACUAUGUUUUUAAUACCGAGGCGCACCCGUUGAAGAUUCCCAAGCCGGGUAAGGGGGCGGAGGGGAAGGAGGGGUUGGAUACGGAAAAGGAGGCAUAA